AUGGAAGGCAAAGAACAGCCGGGCUACUUGAAUGUAGUGAAAUUUCAAUGGUUUCUAGAAGCUACGAGGUGUGCCAGCACUGCAGCCACUCCGUGCGUAAUAGCGAGGCUGCCUUCAGAGGAUACAGCUACCACAGGCAUUGUCGGAAGUGUUACGUGUGCAGCGACACCGACCUGCACGGUGCGGAGGUGUUUAGAGGCGUCAUUUUCUGUGCGAGCUGCGCUAGACGCAUCUUCAGAGGUUGCUCAUCGGCCCGACGAGCACGGCCUGCGCGCACGCAGCGCCGUCGUCGGCGCGCGCCCGUGCACGGGGUUAUUGAGCGUGCUCGAGCACAAUCUAAAACCACCUCCUCACAAGACGACAGGUCUGUUUCUUAAUAGUAUAGUUGUUUUGCUCUCGCAGCGACGUCGUCGGCGAGCGCCCGUGCACGGGGUUAUUGAACGUGCUCGAGCACAAUCUAACACCACAACACAAUCUAACAUCACACGAAAACAGGUGUUUCCUAAUAGUAUAGUUGACCUGCGUGCACUCCUAAUAGUACCUACCUAUAGCUGUCCUGUGCGUACGCAGCGCCGUGGCCGGCGCGCGCCCGUGCACGGGGUUAUUGAGCGUGCACGAGCACAAUCUGACACCACCUCCUCACAAGAAAACAGCAAGACAGAGACCGCAGUGCCGGCGAGGGACCCUCGUACCUGCCCCGACUGCUACUGCGUUUCAGACGUCGUCACUCAAGCCCGUCGGCUCAUCAAUUUCAUCUAUUACCAGACGCAGAAUCUCAUCAAAAGCGAUACAGCCGAUAUCGACCAAUGUACCGAAAUGUGCCAACGUAUGCUAGCAGAUGUGAAGUGUCCGAUACCAGAACCCAGGUCGCAAGCAUUCCCGAUACCUCCGCGACCCGACAGCCUCUUACGGAAUUCGAUGCCAGAGAAAAUAAGCUCGAUUGAUACGGGCACAUCUAACUCGCGGUCCCGCUUUCAAUCCAAACGCAGGAACAAAAAGAAGAUGAAAAAAGAAAAACCGUGUAGCGAUCUUAGGAUAGCAGAACUCGGCACUUCCGUUGAGAUCGCCAAUAUGGCUUUGAGAAAGACGUCUACAAAAAAAGUGCAAUCUGAAUUAAAAAUAACGGAGAAUGCUGAUGAACCGGAACCGGAAACCAUUAGUAUGUUCACCAACGUUGAUUCUGUCACUUCUCACACAAGCAACGAAGAAUAUCUAGACUCGGAAUGUCACGAUUAUCGAGGAUCAAAGGAGUUGGACAGGAGUAUUCCGGACCAAAUACUUAAAUACAUUGUUAGGCAUCCUUGUAAAUUCUUCAAAAAGAAGAUUCUAGAACGCAGUUCCCUCAUUAGCGUGAUCGCUGGUAUUAAUAACGAGAAAGAUUACAGAUCAGCCUACGAAAGUCUCAAAAUGCUAUUCCAUGAUGAAGUCUUGGACCACCAACAUAAUGGAUACAAGAAACUUUAUUCAACUAUAAAUAAGAAAAAUACUCCUUUCAAACUAGGGUGGCUUGAAGCUGAUAUUCCUGGCGACCGUAAAACUUCCCCGUGUAGACACUAUCACCAGUGCCACAGUUACCGGUGUAUGAGAAAGCAGGUCAUGCGUCUCGCCGGACCGACCAAGAGCACAAUGGACAUCUUCCGAACAAAACUCAAGAAGUUGGUUGUGCCCCCGUUUUUAAAAAGAAUAUCCUUUCAAUACAAUAAGGCCCCAGCCAUAGUGAAGCCCGAAGUCCGUAUCCAGAGCGACAACCGACUACCCAAGUCGUCAAGGACCUCAAAACAGAGCCAUGAGAAGAGGAAACACGGCUCACGGCUAAAUAUGGUCUUUACCCAAAACGUAUACCAUUGA